AUGGUGUUUUGGGAAGGAUAUGUAAGUGAUGAGUCCAUGGGGACGUUUGCCCCACUAGUCGUGUACUGGUUGUACGCCGGGUUUUAUCAGCUACUCCCUCCUCUAGAUAAGUACCGGCUGCAUACAAAAACCGAAGAAAAUGAGAAGAAUGUAGUGCCUUUAGGAUCCGUGAUCAGAGGUGUUCUUCUUCAACAGUUUGUUCAGGCCGUAGUUGCAGAAUUGCUUUUCUUGGUGACUUCUAAUGCGAGUUCUCCCGGUCAAACUGUCCAACCCUCUCUCCCCAUUCUAUUUCUGCAAUUCAUAGUUGCCAUGCUGGUUAUGGACACGUGGCAGUACUUUGUGCAUCGGUACAUGCACCAAAAUAAGUUUUUAUACAAACACAUCCACUCCCAGCACCAUAGAUUAGUCGUCCCUUAUGCCAUUGGGGCACUUUACAAUCACCCUUUGGAAGGCCUUUUACUCGACACGUUUGGCGGUGCUAUUUCCUUUUUGAUAUCUGGGAUGACUGCACGAACGGCUGUUUUCUUCUUUUGCUUUGCUGUAAUCAAGACCGUUGAUGACCACUGUGGGCUAUGGCUGCCUGGUAAUAUCUUCCAUUUAUUUUUUCAAAACAACACAGCUUAUCACGACGUGCAUCAUCAGCUCCAGGGUUUGAAAUUCAACUACUCUCAGCCGUUUUUCUCGAUAUGGGACAAACUGCUUGGGACAUAUGCUCCGUACACGCUUGUAAAACGGGCUGAGGGAGGUUUUGAGGCAAGGCUGAAAAAAGAUUGA